AUGUCUGUCUUUAGCGAUUCUGAGAACUCGGAUGCAGCCGACUGGUUGGAUGUAGAGCCCGAUGAGGAACAAAUCACAUUUGUGUCGCUGUUUGACGCGGAGACCUUCGCCAGCAUCGAGGACCUGCUCACCCACUGCAAGACCCGGCACGCAUUUGAUCUGGUCGCCACUGUGCACCGCCUCAGACUCGAGUUCCACGAUGCCAUCAAGCUAAUAAAUUUCAUAAGAGCUUGUACCCGGAAGGGCAAGAAUUUACCUGAUGCUCUCUCCGCGGAAGAUUUUGCCGACGACAAGUACCUCAAGCCAGUCCUUGAGAACGACGCCGUGCUCUUCUCCUUGGGCGAGAUUCUAAACGAAGAGUCUGGGAAUCCGGAGCCUGAAUCUUCGCAGCCAAGCGCAUCACUCGAAUCUAGAAACAAAGAGCUCGAGGCCGAAUUAGCCGCGGUCAAGGAGCGAUUUGCUAGCUACCGACUCGCAGUAGAGGAGACGCUGGACAAGCGCUGGGGCGACGAAAACGAGGCCGGAAAUCUAGCAAAAGAAAAGAAAAAAGACUCCUCAGAUUACUACUUCGAGUCGUACGCCUACAAUGACAUUCACGAGACUAUGCUCAAGGACGAGAUCCGCACUGACGCCUACCGAGACUUUAUUUACGAGAACAAGCAAUUAUUCGAAGGAAAAGUAGUUCUUGAUAUUGGAUGUGGCACCGGCAUCCUGAGCAUGUUCUGUGCAAAGGCAGGUGCUGCGCAGGUUAUCGCAGUCGAUAGGUCAGACAUCAUUGAUAAAGCCCGAGAGAACGUGUUCAACAACGGACUGGCAGGAAUUAUCACCUGUCUACGCGGUGCUAUCGAAGACGUCAAGCUCCCUGUUGACCAGGUCGACAUCAUCGUCAGUGAAUGGAUGGGCUACUGCUUGCUCUAUGAAGCUAUGCUGCCUAGCGUUUUAUACGCCCGUGACAAAUACCUUCGGCCAGACGGCCUCCUUGUGCCCAGCUCCGCCACUAUUUGGGUGGCACCGGUUCGGGAUUCGGAAUACGUGACGGAUACAGUGUCAUUUUGGAGAGAUGUCUACGGGUUCGACAUGAAGGCUAUGCAAGAGUGCAUCUACGACGAGGCCAGGAUUCUCACAAUGCCACCAGCUGCAGUUUGCGGAAAGCCCUACCCGUUCAAGGUUCUCGAUCUUCACACUGUCAAGCCAGAGGACUUAUUUUUCACGGCGAAUUGGGAGUCCCAAGUAACGGGCGACACUGAUUCAUUGGAUGGCUUUUUAAUAUGGUUCGACAACUUCUUUGCGAACUCCCGGGCUGAUAAAUUGCCGGAACCUGAAACGACACCUCAGAAUUUCGUGAGAAGGAAGCCUGGCUAUGUGGCUUUCACUACUGGACCCUACGGGAAGGAAACGCAUUGGAAGCAGGGGCUUUUGCUCCAGCCUCCAGCACAGCUGAACGUUCCGCAGCCGAGACUUUCCGGUCGAAUUGUCUUCUCUGCCUUGGAAGAAAAUGCCAGAGCGCUUCAGAUCCAGCUGACUUGGAGUGAGCAAGGUCAGGAGGAGAAGGACAGGACUUGGAAGUUGAAGUGA